CUUCUGUGAAAAGACAACACUGCCCACUCACGCGACCGAUGAGGCGAUGACAACCGCAACGGAAAUACUUUCCUUUUAAUUAUUUUUUUUUCUCGUCUUUUCUUCUGUUAUAAAUAAUUGCAGAAGCUGAAUUUCGUCGUAGGUUGAUACAUCGGUUUCUCCGUCUUUCAGUAAGCGUUUUUUGGUUGUAUUUUUCCCUGUUUGUGAGCGAUUAUGGCGCAGAAUAUUCUGGUGACUGGCGGAGCCGGUUACAUUGGGAGUCACACGGUGCUUCAGCUGCUUUUGGGAGGGUACAAGGCCACGGUGGUCGAUAAUCUCGACAACUCCUCGGAUAUUGCUCUCAAGAGAGUCAAGGAACUCGCCGGUGAAGUCGGUGGCAACCUAACCUUUCACCAGGUGGAUCUCCGAGACAGGGCAGCACUGGAGAAAAUCUUUGGGGAAACAAAGUUUGAUGCUGUCAUCCACUUUGCCGGACUGAAAGCAGUUGGUGAGAGCGUGCAGAAACCUUUGCUCUAUUAUGACAACAAUCUCAUUGGAACAAUUACUUUACUGGAAGUAAUGGCUGCCCAUGGUUGUAAAAAUCUUGUAUUUUCAUCAUCAGCGACUGUUUAUGGUUGGCCGAAGGAGGUUCCAUGUACAGAAGAGUUUCCGCUGCAAGCAACAAACCCUUAUGGUAGAACCAAGCUUUUCAUUGAAGAGAUAUGUCGUGAUAUAUUCCGGUCAGACUCUACAUGGAAGAUCAUAUUGCUGAGAUACUUCAAUCCAGUUGGUGCACAUACUAGUGGCUAUAUUGGUGAGGAUCCCCGAGGAAUUCCAAACAAUCUCAUGCCCUUCGUUCAGCAAGUUGCAGUUGGGCGUAGACCUGCCCUCACAGUUUUCGGGAAUGACUAUUCAACAGUAGAUGGCACUGGGGUACGUGAUUAUAUUCACGUUGUUGAUUUAGCUGAUGGGCACAUUGCUGCAUUACGUAAGCUAUCUGAUGCUGGCGUUGGUUGUGAGGUGUACAAUUUGGGAACAGGAAAAGGCACAUCAGUUCUAGAGAUGGUUUCUGCAUUUGAAAAGGCAUCUGGACAGAAAAUACCUCUUGUAAAGGCUGGGAGGCGACCUGGUGAUGCUGAGGUUGUCUAUGCAUCAACGGACAAGGCAGAACGUGAAUUGAACUGGAAGUCCAAAUAUGGAGUCGAUGAGAUGUGCAGGGAUCAGUGGAACUGGGCUAGCAAGAAUCCUUAUGGAUAUGGAUCUCCUGAUGCUGCUAACUGAAAGCUGAGUUGUUAACUUUCUUAUUCUUCAUCUUGGCGGUUGUCUAUCUCCCACUCCUUGAUACUUACGAAAGCCUUGUGAGAAUAGGUUUUCCUAAACAUUAUGAAUCAAUUAUUGAGCUAAUAAACAAUGUGGUGUUACCAGGUAAUAACCCUGCAAUGCUUGGAUGCUCCAUUAAAGUUUUUUAUCGAAGAAGAUGUGUUUUUCUAGCAUAAUGUUUUCUGCUUUGUGCGGGUAUUAUUUUGUUCCUGAAUAAAGUCGCAUGUAUGGUCAUUGUUGCCAAUGGUCUUUUUUCUU